AUGAGCUCGUACAGCUACGACCCGUACUACAGCAGCUCCUACAAGCGCCGAGUGGUGGAGAGCAGCCCUCGGCUGCACGUGCGGAGCAGCUAUGUGUCCCCCAGCAGGAGCAGCUACUCCCCCGGCAUCGGCAGCAGCAUGCGCCGGAGCUACACCUCCUCCUCGUCCGCCGCCUCCACCCUGCUGCCCAGCGUCGACUCCCUGGACCUGACCCAGGUGGCCGCCAUCAGCAGUGACCUGAAGAUAGUCCGCACCCAGGAGAAGGCUCAGCUCCAGGACCUCAAUGACCGCUUCGCCAGCUUCAUCGAGCGGGUCCACGAGCUGGAGAAGCGCAACAAGGUGCUGGAGGCGGAACUGCUCCUACUCCGCCAGAAGCACAGCGAGCCGUCCCGGCUGAGGGACCUGUACGAGCACGAGGUGCGGGAGCUCCGCCUGGCCCACGAGGAAGCCGCGGGGGACAAGCAGACACUGCGCGCGGAGCGGGAGCGCCUGGAGGACGCCCUGAGAGGGCUGCAGGUGCGCUACGAGGAGGAGGCGCUGAGCCGGGAGGACGCGGAGGCCAGGCUGCUGGAUGUGCGGAAGGAGGCUGACAUGGCGGCGCUGGCCCGGGCCGAGCUAGAGAAGAGGAUGGACAGCCUUCUGGACGAGAUCGCCUUCCUGAAGAAGGUGCACGAAGAGGAGCUGGCCCAGCUGCAGUCCCAGGUGCAGUACGCCCAGAUCUCCCUGGAAGUGGACGUAGCCAAGCCGGACCUCAGCUCUGCCCUGCGAGACAUCCGGGCGCAGUACGAAAAGCUGGCGGCCAAGAACAUGCAGUCCGCGGAGGAGUGGUUCAAGUCCAGGUUCACCGUCCUGACGCAGAGCGCCGCGCGGAACACAGACGCAGUGCGGGCUGCCAAGGACGAAAUGUCAGAGAGCCGGAGGAUGCUCAAAGCCAAAGGGCUGGAGAUCGACGCCUGCCGGGGGGUCAAUGACGCUCUGCAGAGGCAGAUCCAGGAGCUGGAGGACAAGCAGAGCUCGGAGGUGGCACAGAUGCAGGAUGCCAUAAACAAAUUAGAAGAUGAACUUAGGAAUACAAAGAGUGAAAUGGCAAGGUAUCUGAAAGAGUAUCAGGAUCUGCUUAAUGUCAAGAUGGCGUUGGAUAUAGAAAUUGCUGCAUACAGGAAGUUACUGGAAGGGGAAGAGACCAGGCUGAGUUUUUCUGGUGUUGGGGCCAUCACCAGUGGAUACACACAAGCUGCCCCUGUAUUUGGACGCUCUUCAUACAGCCUGCAGAGCAGCUCCUACAUGUCUUCUCGCUCAUUUCCUACCUACUACUCCAGAGAUGUCCAAGAAGAGCAGCUUGAUGUAGAAGAGACCAUUGAGUCCACCAGGGCAGAAGAAGCAAAGGCUGAAGCCCCAGAGGAUGAAGAAGAGGCUGCAGAAGAAGAAGAGGGAGAAGGUGAAGGAGAAGAAGAAGGAGAGGGAGAGGGAGAAGGUGAAGGAGAAGGUGAAGAAGAAGGAGGAGAGGAGGGAGAGGGAGAAGGAGGAGAAGAGGAUGAGGGCAAGGAGGAGGAGGGAGAUGAAGAGGAAGGUGAAGAAGAAGAGGGUAAGGAAGAUGAAGCUGAAGAAGAGGGCGAGGAAGAAAAAGAGAGGAGAAGAUGAAGCCGCAGAAGAAGAAAGUAAAGAUAAAAAAUAG